AUGUCGAAAGCUUCAGCAGCGGCCGGAACAGCAUGCAGAAGAUCUCGAGCCUGCCUUUGCAUUAGCAGCAGGAGAAGGAGGGGAAGGGGGAGAGGGAGGGACCCCACUGGACUCGCGUGGGUCAGACUUGGCGAUUCCGAGAUUAGUUCGGCCCUCACUUUCGAAUCGCACUGUAUAACCUCGCGACGGCAGCUGCGCAGAACGUCACCGCGCAACUCCAGACGACACGUCGAAUCGCCGACCACCGAGGACUGGGAGACCGGCCUGAGAGAGGCGACGAGCCAAGCUCUGAAUCGAGAGGGCGUCUCCGACCCGAACCUGAGGGGCCACGUUUUCGCAGCUCCCCUGGUGGGAAAACAAGAGAACGUCGUGCCGUUCGGGGAUAUCAUCGUGCUCGGCAGAGGGCAGCUGUACUCGACCUUGGAAGGUCUCAAGUUCGUGCAAGAUCCCUAUCAGAACGACUGCGACGAGUGUCAUAACAAAAUUAACAGAUGCGGCACGCACCAAUGCGAGACAUGGAAACACCCAAACGAGCAACUGGUGGCGUUGUGGACAGCAAAAAAGAUAAGACACAGAGAAGGGCGCGGUCACAAAUACGAAACAGAGUAUAUUGUAUCACCUAUACGGGCAGAUUCCAGCGGGGAAUACAUGACCAAGGAUGGUAGAUUCGAUUAUACAAUGCCUGGACAUGUGUUUGUCUUGAAAAAAACACCACCUCCAUUUUUGGAUAAUAGUGUUUAUAAUAAUGACGCUUCAGAACACUUUCCGACAUUGUCACAAGGUUUGUUACCCCCUAUAAGUAAUAAUCGCGGUCCUGUAUUGUUCAACUAUAAUCCAAAUGGCAAUACACACACACAAAAUUAUCCACAACAACCUAUAAAACGCCCUGUAUCAAGACCACCCAGCACAAAUGACCCUAAGGAAAUAAUGCUAUAUAAAGAACUUCUGGAUUCUCUGGCAUCUAAAACAACCACCUCAAAUGGUCCCCAUAGGUUCGAGUUAAAUGGUAUACCAACUGCAUCUCAAGAACCUAAUUUUGCUCAACAUGGUACUACAUUUGUACCGCUACAAACUACACUGAUACAGUUACCGACCGGUCAGUUAGUUCCCGCUACGACUUUGACCCAGCAACAAUCUUUCCCAACCAGUACUAGUCAGUUUCCUCGUCAAAAAUACCCAACCCAGUCCACGCAAUUCAUUCCUAGUGCUAUAGACACUACAUAUUCGCAACCACCUGAAACCACUCGCUAUAACCCUCAGCAACAAACAAAACCUGUUACCAUACAUUAUUAUACACCUGCUGUAAGUGAGAUGGAGAAACCAUAUAGCAAACCAACCACAAGUGUCACAAAACAACCGCCAACUACUUAUGCAACCACUGAAAGAUACAGUACUACCACAACGCAUACUUUACCAGAGUACAGCGAUGAUUUUAUGUCGAGUCUCUUUCCAGAGACCACAGGUGCACAACAGAAAACAACCAAAGUGGUAACACCGUUCUAUGGAAACAUAGAUCAAGAUUUCGAGACCAGUUUGUUUCCAGAAACCACCAUAGAGCACAAACCAAGCAAAAAACCCAGCAAAAAGUACAAUAAAACUAAACCAACAACCGUACAAUUUAUCGAAAAAACGACGACUGAAAAAAUCAGCACCCCAUCUAGCGAUAAAACAACCAAAGAAAAUCUCGAAGAAUUCCCCGAAAAUUUUCCCACCGAACCCAUGAAACCCAUAACGCAAACCCCGCUGAAAAAACCCUACCCAGAUUCGAUAAACGAACAGCUACCACCGCCCGAUGAUAACACCGACACCACAAUACCUUACGUCAGCACUGCACCGACGCAAAAAACUACGCAAGCAGAGGCAGAGUCCACCGCAAACUUAUCCAAAGAAACGACACCAAAUUUCAGCAAAGAAACCACGCAAGCCUACAGUACGGAUAGCGAACCAACCAGUCACAUAACCAAAAUAACCAAAAAUAAACCUAGUCGCACUUCAGCCACCAAAUAUACGGUACCUUAUACGACCGUGGAACGUACUACUCAAGCUUUAAACACCUUAAAAGUUACUACGGACGAAAGUACUGUAGAGGAGAGUACUACACCUUUGAGUGAUUAUUAUUUGCCUCCUAAAUUCGAUAGAGAGACAACUAAAGUACACAGUACCACUCUAGAAGAAGAGCAGAGUACUACGGAGAUGUAUAUUCAACAAAGUACCUACAAAGAACCCACAACAGGUACUAUAUAUUACACAAAGCAACCUAUACAAACUACAUAUGGGCAAAGAAUACCUACUACAACUGGAGAAAUUACCGAAUAUGCUGACACAAAUGGCGGUACUACUCCAACUACAACACCAAUGACUACACUUACCUACGUGGGUACUACAAAACCUGUUAGAUAUACCAAAAGACCAACCAAAAAACCUACAAAACAUACAGAUGACUUUUUAGUCGACGGUAACCAAAAGGUGAACAAAGGUAGCAACAAAUUCGACAUCAGCAACGACGAUAUUUUCGGUAGUACCAGGUACGUUACGCAACCGAUGAAAACAACGAAACCAUACGUUCAGUCGGAUAUAUCCAAAGAUCUUUUUGGCAGUCAAAGAAACGCCAAGCUAAUGCAAGAUCCAGAUUUAGUAAAGCCAACUCCAAAAAUAAUAUACGCGGAUUUUUUCGAGGCAUCUACAACUGAAACGCCUCAAUUCGACUACGAAAAUUUCGGUACGACUUUCUACCAACCAAACCCCACAUCCGGUUUGUACGAAACGACCCACGAACUGAACCCUCAAACCAGUCAAAGCUACAGCACCUCUAUAAGCUUCAAGGUUAACAAGAGGAACAAAACCAGAGAAACGCGUCACGAAGAGAUACUGUACGAGCCCACCAUACGUGCCCAAAUAAGCGAGUUGGACUUGGGUAGUGCAUACAGAGUGUACAAAGCACAACUGCCAGUUGAGUCGACUACAAGGCAUACCACUACGCCUGAUGUUAAAACUCAACUGGACUCGCUGGCACUUCAAGUUUUAAAUCACGCUAAAGGUAUAGAUUACAUAAACCAACAAAAGCAACCAAAGUAUAAGAGAAGGUUUAUACCAAAGAGAAAAAACCCCCCUAUAAAGAAAAAACGAUAAUAUUUUAGGUCAAUGCAGAAUAGUUAAGAUGUAAAUAUUUUAUAUUUUUAUAUUGUUAUAAAUAUUACGAAAUAAAGAAAGUGUUGUAAUUGCCAAUUAAUUGGAACAAAAUUAACGUGCGAAUAAAUAAUGAGAAUCUUCGGAUUUUAUUGUAUACAAUUUUCUUUUUGCAUCACAUUAACUCGGCUAAUGUAUCUUUUUAGUGUG